AAUAAAACGAGCUUCUGUUUCAUUGGACUAAUUUUAAUGGACGAGAAUAGUUAAGGUAUACAUUGUACAAAUAUGUAUGUUUUGAAAAAAAUUCGACCAAAUUUUUGCUCUCUUUGAUUUUUCACCAUUUUCACCGCGACAGAAUAAAGAGAGUUUGAAGUAGUGACAAUAUCGCAUCACGAGAGGGCUCUGCUUGGCAUAUUGGCAAUAUUCACAGUCCGUCAAUGAAAAAAGAAAAACCAAAAUCCCUAUUUUUGUUUUCUAAUUUUCUUUUCCUCAUUUUCGUGAUAUGUGUUCAGUUGAUCAUACAAUGAAACCAAAUAAAAAAUCCUGUUUGAAAAGUAGGCCAUUCCGUAUAAGUAUUCUUGAAGUAUGCUACUUUGAGUAUAUUGUCAAUGUGAAUGAACUGGACGUUUUAAUUUCGACAUAUUCACAUUUCAACUGUCAAACAAUGAAAUCGAAAUUAAAAUAAUCAUCUUCAAAUCUCAUCAUUAUCUAAACAAUUUUUAUUCAUCGUAUCAUCAUCGUGUUAUUCAAACAAAGGAUAUUUUCUCCAAGAGAAUAACAUAAAUGAAAUGGGUGGAUUUAUGUUAAAAGUGAAAACCAAACAAGGUCAUCAUGUCGUGGAUAAUUUGUCAGCUGACGAAACAAUUGGCAAUUUAAAAUCGAAAAUUUCGGAACUAACGAGGAUACCGGCCGAUGUAUUAUGUGUACUUGUUGGUUUCCCCCCGAAGCCUUUGUUAUCUGCAAAUGAGAAUUUGUUAUCGGCCUCUGGAAUAAUCAAUGGUGAUACUUUGAUUGUUGAGGAAAAGUCGAUUCCAGAUGUGGUGCCGCAGCAACAUCGAAACAAUCUCCAAUUGGAAGAAGAUGUUCUAUUAGCACAACGAUUCGCAAAUGCAGAAGAGAACGCAACUGGUUUAGUCCCACAAGGGAUAUUAUUGAAGCAGGUCGUCCCCAGUGACAAUAGUUGUUUAUUCACGAGCAUAGGCUAUGUAAUGAAUGGACGAAUCGAUACGGAAGUUGGCAGUUAUUUGCGUGAGGUUAUUGCCCAACACGUUUCAAACGACAAGGGAACCUACAACGAAGCAAUACUUGGUCGACCGAAUCCAGAGUACUGUGAAUGGAUUCGAAAAGCAGCGUCGUGGGGCGGCGCAAUUGAAGUUUCAAUUUUAUCAAAUUAUUAUGGUGUUGAAAUUGAUGUCGUUGAUAUUACAAACGCUCUAAUUAAUCGCUUCGGCGAGGACAAAGAAUACGGAAUGAGGGUGUUUCUCUUGUUCGAUGGCAUUCACUAUGAUCCUCUUUAUUUGGAAUCAGUAAAUGGCGAUCCACCAAAAACAAUGUUUCCAAUCGAAGAUGAAUCCGUCUAUGUUCAAGCUGAGCAAUUGGCUAAGGAGGCUCAAUCGUCGAGGCAAUACACCGAUGUUGAAAAAUUCAGUCUGAAGUGCAACCAAUGCGAUGUCCUUUUAAAAGGUCAAGUGCAAGCUCAACAACAUGCUAAAUCCACGGGCCACACUAACUUUGGAGAAGUAUAAAUGUGUUCAGCGCUGCCUCAUCAAUUUAGGCCGUCGCAUUUGCAAUCGAUUCUUUUUAAAUUUGCCGUUCGGGUGUAAUAGUUUUCACAUAGUUUUUAGAUCUUAAGUUAUUACUUUCGGAUGUUCUGAUAAAAUUCUUGAAGUUGUAUGUAAUUCACACAUAUUUUAGCGUCCAUUUUGAGAAACCUGUUUCUUUAUCACCAAGAAAAGACCGAUAUGAGCAUUCACCCUUUUAUCUAUGUCAUGUAAUGAUCAAUUGUUCGCCUCAUCAAAUAGAAAACCUAAAUUAAAACAAAUACAGUUCAAGUGCACACAUAAGAUGUGUGCAAAUAUAAAUUUCAAAUAAUAAUUCCCUUCAUUCAGUUAUGAAAUUUUGUGCUGGACGCUCUUGAUAAGAAUCAUUUUUAAAAUAUUUUUCAAUUCUACGCUAGCAAUUUGUGAGAUUGCUCAUAUCGAUUUUUAUUUUUUAUUUUAUUUCUAUUAUUUAUUUAAUUGUAAUUGAAUAAAAAAAACUUUCGUUUGUGAAAA